AUGAAUUUUGCAAUUGGAUUCACUGCUUUAUGCUUUUAAGCAUUGGUCCUUUAUCCUUGUCAUGAAACAAUCUCAGAAUAAGUUGAUAAAUUAGAGAAAAAUAUUGUGAGAUUGGAAUAGAUGGAAGUAGAAUUAAAGACUCAUAUGGAAAGAAAUCAGCAUUUGAUUAAACAAAGAAUAAUAAUGAAUGGAAAAAAUAUAUGA